CACACACACACACACACUACCCCCUUCUCCACGAGCCACUUGCUGUAGCCCACUGCGCUGUGGAAGGCGCGACCUGUUAUGGCCACCACUACUUCCGGGUUUCGCCAGUCUGGUCCAGGUUCAGCGCUCUGCCGCGUUUCUCUCUCUCUCUCUCUCUCUCUCUCUCUCUCUCACACACACACUAGCUGUGGACGAGAGGCGAAGGCGGCUCGCAGCAUCGAUCGUGGCUCCUUUAAGAAGAACUAAGCCAGAAUCCUCACCCCACCUCCUCUCCAGCUUAUUUAGAAGCUUUUGCAUAAAAAAAAAUCAACUCGGGAGAAGCGAGCGACCAAAAGAGACACACAAGAGCUUGAUUAUUAUUUUUUUAUUUAUUUAUUUUUUUUAAUUUUGCGCGCGCGCGUUUUUACGAGCAGCGUUGUCGCGAGGUGUGCUAACCGGUGGAAGCGCGGCGGCGGAGGAUCAUCAUUCAUUCGACACUUUGACAAGCUUGCCUCUGAUUGACAGACCGAGUGGCAAAGAGCCAUGGGACUUGCUAGCUGGGUCUGAGGGGUGUAUUUUCAUGAAAGGUCUGGGAAAGAAUAUUCUUUCGGUUUAUCGUUGCUGUGCGGCGGUUAAAGGCGGAGGACCCUGGUCGUGUCGGUCGUGUUCGGCUGAAGUUGAUGUGAAGGACUGCUUGAAAGAGCCGUUUGGAUUUUUGAAAAACAAACAGAACAAAACCCCGCUUCCCUCGGAAAUUGCGUUCGAAUCCCUUCUUCACCCUGGCCUCUUAGGGAAUAUAUUUUGCGUUGAACGAAGCUGAGGGAGUGUGGAGGGCGAUGGCGCAGCGGUAUGAAGACUUGCCCCACUACGGCAUGGACGGCGUCGGGAUCCCGAGCACCAUGUACGGGGACCCGCACGGCGGCGCGCGACCUAUGCAGGCGGUGCACCUGAACCACGCGCCGCCACUGCACGCGCACCAGUACCCGCACACUGCGCACACCAACACCAUGGCACCCGCAAUGGGAGCGUCCGUCAACGACGCGCUCAAGAGAGACAAGGACGCCAUUUACGGGCACCCCCUUUUUCCACUGCUAGCACUGAUUUUUGAAAAGUGUGAGUUAGCGACAUGCACGCCUCGGGAGCCCGGCGUGGCCGGAGGAGAUGUGUGUUCUUCUGAGUCCUUUAACGAAGACAUCGCAGUAUUCGCUAAACAGAUCAGAGCAGAAAAGCCAUUAUUUUCGUCAAAUCCCGAGCUUGAUAAUUUGAUGAUCCAAGCCAUACAAGUUCUACGUUUUCAUCUCUUGGAGCUGGAGAAGGUACACGAACUGUGUGACAACUUUUGCCACCGGUAUAUCAGCUGUCUGAAAGGCAAGAUGCCCAUAGACCUGGUAAUAGACGAGAGAGAAGGAGGAUCUAAGUCGGAUAGCGAGGAAAUCACUAGGUCGUCGGGGCCGCUGGAUCAGACCUCAUGGAACAGAGACCAUGAUGACACAGCUUCAACACGCUCUGGGGGCACGCCAGGACCCUCCAGUGGUGGACACACCUCACACAGUGGCGACAACAGCAGCGAACAAGGCGAUGGACUGGACAACAGUGUAGCCUCCCCCAGUACAGGCGAUGAUGAUGACCCUGACAAGGAAAAGAAGAGGAAUAAAAAGCGUGGCAUCUUCCCCAAAGUAGCAACCAACAUCAUGCGGGCAUGGCUCUUCCAGCACUUGACACACCCCUAUCCCUCAGAAGAACAGAAAAAACAGCUGGCCCAAGACACUGGCCUUACCAUAUUACAAGUGAACAACUGGUUCAUUAAUGCACGAAGGAGAAUAGUCCAGCCAAUGAUCGACCAGUCCAACCGAGCAGUAAGUCAAGGAGCCCCCUACAACCCAGAUGGUCAGCCCAUGGGAGGCUUUGUGAUGGACGGCCAGCAGCACAUGGGAAUCAGACCACCUGGAUUGCAGGGCAUGCCAGGGGUCUACCUGCCUCAUAGCAGUCCAAUGGCCAUGGGCAUGUGCCAGCCUGCCUGCGGCAGCCCACAGCUCCCCCACCAGCUGCGGCCUGGGCCUCUGAUGUGUUCCUGCAUUCCUGGACAUCCCCAGCACUCAGCGAUGUUGAUGCUUGGAGGACCAGCCCACCCUGCCAUGCCCAUGUUAACCUCCAGCCCCUCUACAUUUCCCCCAGGAGAUCCCACCAUGGGCAGACAAGUCUUGGACAUCCAUGUACAGUAGUUACAAAAAGUUGCUACAAAACAUGGAUCCUCAAAAAGAGCUGUGAUCAGGACAGGGAUCUGCGAUUGGUUUGCUUAUGGGGUUCACCCAGCAAAUAUUACUUGCUGGUUUGCUGCAUAAAUUGAAGAGUUCCUUCUUAGGUGUAGACUGGAUGUGAGAAAGAUGCCAGCAUUUGCACACCAUGGGACAAAUGUGCCCUUUUGCAAAGAAUCAAACUGAGACAAAGAGAAAGUCUGAAAUUAUUACUAUAUCAGCUCCUAAAGGAGAGGGAGGAGAAGAGUCUGUAUACUGUUGUAAUAUUACAUUUGGACUCAUGCAAGAACUGAGAGUUAAGUAUUGUAAAUGCAAUGGCAAUGUUCGGCAUAUUAUGUUGUUUCUAAUAGUUUUUUUUUUUUUUAAAGGAUGUGAACUUUUUUCUUUCCACACUGUGUGUGCCAUCUCCAUGAACUUUUGACCUCCUCCUUAAAUCACCUGCAUUGAAAAUAAGUAUGUGAAUAAAUCAAUAAUUGGUUGCAUUGAUUAUUUACCAGGGCCUUUUCUUCUGCUGAGAGAGGGUAGUUUUACAAAGACAGAGCUAGACUCUGAAAAAAAGCUCCAGCAAGUCCCCUUACUUUGAAGCAUAAUCAAAAAUCCUGAUGAUGCAAAGAAACAAACUGAAUUAGCUUGAAGGAAUACUCCAAUGUUUUCAAACCUAAUCUAUAUCUACCACAUCUGUGACAUAUGCAUAAUUGUCAGUCAAUAAUUUUGACACAUUUUCAUGUGCUCAAAAAGCUUUAAACCUAUUGACUGGAAAUUCACUUUACCAGGUUUAAUAGGUGGAAGGAAUGAUCUUAUGGAUAUAGAUAGGACAUGACUUAGCAAUACAGUAAAAAGCAAUUCUGAUUGUUUAUACUUUAUGUGCAAUCAAGUCAACUGACUGAAGCACUUCUGUACUUUUAGCUAAUGGUAAACACAAAUUCUUCCAUUUGGGAAAAAAACAACUCCUUUUUUGAGAAGGCAAAUUAUAAUGUUUUAAGCUAAAUUUACAAAUACUUUUGACAAAAGAAUUCAUAUUACGAUAUUCAUGUUUAAAUGUUUGACUGCCCCAGCAACUGCCCUUAGCCUUUCAAAAUAAUUGUAUUCAGAGAUUAGGUUGAGCAACACUGGACAAUUCCUUUAAAUAUGACCUCAAAUCAGAAAAUGUUGGGAUAGUAUGUUGAAAUUAAAAUUGAAAACAAUGAUUUGUAAAUAAUCUUUGACCUCUAUUGCACUCAGAACAAUAGAACAACACUUUAUUUUGUUUAACCUCAUGAUUUUUUUUUCAAAAUGAACAUUUAUUUAAAUUUUGAUUCUUGCAACACAUUUAUUUUUUUUUUAAAGUUGGGACGAUAAAGCAUUUACCACUUUGUAAUGUUGGCAUUCCUUUUCACAACACUUUAAAAGAUGUUUAGGGACUGAAGACACCAAGUAAUUAAGUGUUUCAGAUGUUAUUUUGUCCCAUUCUUCCUGCAAACAGGUCUUAAGGUGUGCAAAAGUAAAGGGUCAUGGUUAUUAUAUUUUUUGUUUCAAAAUUCACCACACAUUCUCUGUUGUGGACAGAGGGGACAGACACCCUCUCCGUCUACAGCCAUGCCUUUGUAAUGUGUGCAGAAUGUGGUUUUGCAUUGUCUUGUUGAAAUAUCCGUGGAAAAGAUGUCGUUUUGAAGGCAGCAUAUGUUGCUCCAAAAUCUCAAUGUAUUUUUCUGCAUUAAUGCCAUCACAGAAGUGUAAGUUAUCUUUGCCGAGGACACUGAUACAACCCUGUACCAUGAUAGACCUUGACUUUUGGACAGUCUGGAUGGUCCUUUUUUGUCUUUGGUCUGGAGCACAUGACCUGGAAUACUGAGUUGUCUGACCACAAUACACGUUUCCACUGUAUGAUGGUACAUCCCAGAUGCUUCUGAGCCCAGAGAAGUCGACAGUGCUUCUGGACACAGUUAACAUAAGGCUUCCUUUUUGCACAGUAAAGUUUUAAUAUUUGUGGAUUUGGGAACAUUUGGCAUUUGUGGAUGUAACUCUGUAUUGUCGUGCUUGACAAAGGUUUGCAAAAGUAAUCCUGAGCCCAUGUGGUUAUAUGAGCUAUAGACAAAUGAUGGUUCUUGAUGCAGUGAUGUCUGAAGGAUUGGCGAUCACAGGCGUUCAGCUUAGGCUUGUGCCCUUGCCCUUUACGCACCAAAAUUCAUCCGUGUUCCUUGAGUUGUUUCAUGAUAUUAUGCACCGUAGAGGGUGAAAUAUCCAAAUCCUGUCCUAUCUUUCUUUGAGGAACAUUGUUUUUAAAUAUUUCAUUAAUUUCCUCAUGCAUUUGUUGACAAACUGGAGAUUCUAGGCCUAUUGUGGCUCUUCAGAGACGAGGCCUUUCCUGGAUACUAAUUUUGGACCAAAUCAUGAUUACAGUUACCUGUUGACAUCACCUGUUUCAACUUACACCAUUAUCUAAUUGUUUUACCUCAUUACUAGCCUUCACUGCCCUGUCCCAACUUUUUUUUUGGAAUGUGUUGCAGGCCUGAAAUGCAGGAAUGGAUGUAUAUGAACAAAUGAAAUGAAGUUGACCAGACAAAACAUGAAAUAUCUUGGGAUCAUACUGUCUGCAAUGAAUUACAAGUCAGUGUAAAUUUAGAAAUCACUACUUUUUGCAUUUUCCAUAAUGUCCCAACUUUUUUCUGAUUUGGGGUAAUAGUUGAAUUUACUCUCUCUCUCUCUUUCUCUCUCUCUCUCUGUGUGUGUGUGUGUGUGUGUGUGUGUGUGUGUGUGUGUGUGUGUGUGUGUGUGUGUCAGUGAAUCUCCAUUAGAUAUAGAAUCAUACUUUGAUUGGGACAGCAGUUUAAUAUCCCGGUCCCAUGUUUGGAGUAUUGCAUUGUGUAAAUUGUAAGUUAAUAAAUUUUUCUGUACAAAGACUUGGGGAAAGUAGAUAA